AUGGCGUCCAAUUUUUCAGAUGAAGAAGAGAUGGAAAGAGAUCUCGUAAGUCCAAGCUUAUUGGAUGGAGUGGACGACAUACCAACACAGCCGUGUCAAAAACCAUUAGAAGGUAUUGUUGCUUUUGUCGAUGUUCGUUCGGGAUCAAAGAGCACCAUAAAUACAGGGAAUAGCCUAGAAGAGUGUCUGGAGGGAUUGGGUGCAAAUGUAGUUACAAGAUUGAAUAAAGACGUCACUCACAUUGUCUUUAAAGCUGGUAAGACUAAUUUGGAUUGUGUCAAUAAGAAAGAAGUCUUCUUGGUCAAUCCAUUAUGGCUUGAUGCUUGCAAGCGUUGCAAUGAGAGGGUGUCAGAAGCAAAGUAUCCAGUGAUAUCAGAAGGGGUGGAGUCACCAGUCAUAUUAGGUCGAAUAAAGAGAAUGAAAAGCAUGCAACCGAAACCAUUUGAAGAAGAAAUAGCAAGAUCUGUCGAGAGAAAGAGAAAGAAAGGUAAGGACCUCAAGGAAGCUUCAUCAAAGAAGAAGAUAUCAUUGGCUGUGUUUGACUUUACCAGUGAUGAAGAGGAGGCCAUUGAAAUAACUGACCAAUCAGACGAUAGUCGAUGCUCCUCACCAGACAGUCUUCCUCCAGUCAGUUUUACUCGUACUCCUGUCACUAGUAAAAAGACUUUAACAGAAAACAGCGAGAAACAAGAGACCCCAACAGUCACUGAGAGCCGGAAACCACUAGCUAAUAAGAAACCACCUACUGUAGAUAAGAAACUAACGAAGAAGAAAGAUCAGAAUGAUGUGAAGAAGAAGGAUCAGGGUGAUAAAAAGGAUAAGAUGAAGGAGACUAAAGUUAAAGUAGAGGGGAGUGAGAAUAGUUUUGUACCUGUGAAGAAGUUUAGAAGAAAGAGGUCAUCGUUUGAGAAACAAAAACCAACUCUUGUAAUGACAAGUGUUCCAACAAAGGACCAGUGUGCAGUCCACGUUGUUGUUGAUAGGUUGGGUGGUUUUGAACUGUCACACAAUGUCUGUGAGACCACUACACACGUGGUAUGUGGGACCAUCAGACGCACCAUUAACAUACUAGCAGGGACUGUGAAAGGUUGCUGGAUACUCUCUAUGGACUGGGUUUUUAAAUCUCUGGAAGCUGGUCAUUGGUUACCCGAAGGACCUUUUGAACUAAUCACAGAAUUCCCUUCAGCACAAUUCUUUAGAUUAGAGAGGCAAAUGGCUGGUGGGCUGUACAAGCCUUCACUGUUUCUUAAAUCAGGAUCAAUCUUCAUAUCAAGCGAUACCAAACCAUCUCAUA